UUGUUGUCGUCAUCAUCUUCUUCAUGUUCAUCAUCAUCAGUCACUACUAUUAGUGUAGUUGUUGCUACUGUUGUUGCUGUGCACCUUUGUCUCUCUCUCUCUCUCUCUUCUCUCUCUCUCUCUCUCUCUCUCUCCCACCCACCCAGAGCCGAAGGAUCUGUCCUAGGUUUCUGCCUUUUGACAGGCAGUUUUUCCUUGCCACCGUCGCCAAGUGCUUGCUCAUGGUGGUACUGUUGGGUCUCUGUAAAUAAUGUUUUAAGGAGUUCGGUCUUGACCUCUAUUUGAAAAAUUAACUUUUGUUAUGAAUUGGCGCUAUACAAAUAACAUUGAAUUGAAUUGAACUCCUUUCUAUCUCACGUUACAGAACUGUAACUGAACCUUGACUUUAGAAAUUAGAACAUCAUCUUAUUUUAAAAUGAUGCGUGGCUAUGAGGAGAGCCAUCAGGCCCCAAUAUCACCUGGAGUGGGGGCCAGAGAUGUUACUAAAUAAUAAAUCAGAAUCAGAAUCGGGUUUAUUGCCAAGUAAGUUUUUACACAUACAAGGAAUUUGUCUUGGUGCAUAAAAAUUGCACAAAAUAAAGUUAUUUUUAAAAUAUAAAUAAAUAAAGAUAAGGAUAAAGAUAGAAAGAUCCAAAUUGUACUGGGAAUAUAUUUACAAUGUGUAAUGAAUAUAUACAGGGUGGGUUUAGGAGUCAGUGUCAGGGCCUUUUUAAUGAGACCAGCUGCAGAUGGAGUGAAACUGUUUUUGUGGCGUGAGAUUUGGGACUUGGUGGACCGCAGUCUCCUGCCAGACCACACCCAUUCAAAUAACAUGCAAAAGAGCUCUACCCCUGUACACGCAGGUAAAAAGAAAUUGUGCUGCCCGCGGACAGAGGAACAAACCACAAAAAUACUUUACUUUAUUGGCAAACUUUAUUAAACCUGAUUCUUAUUAAAAAAAUCUUAAAGUAAAACACCUUCUGUGUAUUUAACCCACCUGAGAAGUGUACGGAUUGUGACUCUGCUCUUUUGGUUGUGACGAUCUUUGUUCUGUUUAACAUAUAUUGAGAAAGGAAGACUCGUAUGUAUCGUUUCCUGUCUGCUCGUGGAUUUUUUUUCUGUUAACAGACUCUUGAGACGACAUUCAUUUACUUUCUCUUUCCUUUAAAAAACUCCAUCUCUUUAUCAAUGUGUUUAAAUCUCAAUAAACUGAUCACAAAAACAUAUUGAUGAUAUCUUCAGUAUAAUGACACAGCUCUUUUCUGUAGCUCUUAGUCCAGAUCUGACCUGGAUUUUACAGGGCACUGAAUAAUACUCACAAUAUGAUCAUCAUCAUGUUUUCCUAUAAUUUGUAUGUUUGGUCUCACACCUCGGUACAUGUGGUCUGCACUGAUAUCAGCAUAAAGACAUCUGAGUAGAUUUUUAUUGUUUGGACAUCAUGUAAAUGUGAGUAUAAUCAGUUGUACAGUGGUUGAAGCUGUGCCAGCAGGGCGAUAAUCUAAGUAUGUCUUGGGAUUGUUGCAGCUUAAAAUUUCCUCACAGCAGUUUUCAUUUACAUUUUUUUUGCAAUGAAAUCUAAGAGAAAAUUGUAAAAAGCGACAUGAUUUUUGUUGUGUUUAAUGGUCUUCAUCAGCAGAUAGUUUACUCAGGUGUCAGGGAGAUGAUUUUAGUUGCACCAAAUAAUUCCAAGUGUCCUCUGACUGACUUCUUUCAGACUUCAUCUCAGUUUUCUGGUCUCUGGUUGGAGAAUCAAGGAUCAGAGACCUCCAUCAUGGCCACUGCUGACCAGCUGCUGGACCAGAUAUUCUCCUGGUACGAGCAGAUGGAGCGCCGUGUAGAGAAGCUGACGAGUUUGUUAGAUUGUUUUUCCAGUGACACCAUGAAAGAGACGCAGGACAUAAAAGAGAAGUGCCAAAAAGAGACGCAGGACAUAAAAGAGGAGUGCCAAAAAAUAGAAAAAGAAAUCCACAAACUGUUUGAGCAACUGAAGACGGAGAGUUCCUCCACAGACCCGGAUAAAGUGGACCAGCACGCUAUAGCUGAGGUUCUGAGAGCCAUGGCCAGGCGAAGGAAAGUGGAGGAGCAAAUCAUCAUCCACAUGCUCAACCGUGUCCCCCCGUCUAAAACUGGACUCCUUAAAAGAGGAGACAAGGUUGUGGGAGGAGCUGUUGGACUGGCGUGUGAACUUCCUGAGGCGAACGACUAUUGGACAGACCUGAUCGAGAGGAAUCAUGUGACUGAAGCAAUUCUAGAGACCUCCCGGACGCUGAGGAUAAGGUUUGACCACAUCAGGAAGAUAAUUGAAGAGGAUACAACUCAACGAGAACACGAGGAAAUGAGUUCAAAUCCAGCUCAGGACCAGAGUGGAAACCAGCAGACUUCUGCUGAAUCUCAAACAGAUCAAAGACACGAGGAUGAACAAGAAGGUGGAACAGGAAGUGAUCAGCAGGGAGGGGGUGAUCAGGGAGAUACGGAGACCGAUAGUGACGAUAAGCACAGGUAUCAGAACUAUGAGGGGGGUGAAAAUGAUGAGCAGUGUGAGGACCAAUUAGAAUCCAUCACCCACACCAUAUCUAAACUACAAGGUGAGGACAUUGAAAGACCUCCUGGAACAAUAAGAGUGGGGUUACUUAAUGUUCGUUCAAUGAAUAACAAACAACCCAGGAUCUUAGAGCUCAUAACACAAAACAACCUGGACGUCUUCCUCACAACAGAGACGCAGUUACAAGACAAUAAUGCAGACAAAGUCCUCAGUGAGGCUUCGCCACCUAAUUACCUUUACUUUUAUCAGGUGAGGGUUAAUAUGAUAGGUGGAGGGGUAGCGAUUCAGUUCUCACAGGAGCUGCACGGUGAAAGGAUUCCUUCUGAGUCCUUAACAGCCUUUGAAUGUGUUGUCACAGUUCUGAAACAUGAUGAGUGGAAACAACCAGUUCUAUUCAUCAAUGUUUAUUUCCGACCGCGGUACGACAAGCCCAAAUUUAAAACCUUCCUGGAUGAGUUUCAAGAUCUCUUGGCAAUUUUCGACAACUACAACAGCAUCGUUGUGACCGGAGAUUUCAAUAUCUGGGUCGAUCAGAAAAAGAGGUCUUUCACUGAUGAGUUUGAUCGUAUUUUGCAGAUCUACAACCUCGAGCAGCACGUAUGGGAGCCAACACACGAUAAAGGUAACACUCUGGAUCUGGUCAUCACCAAAAACGUUGAAAUCUCUGAUCUCAUUGUCAGGAACGACGGAAUAUCAGAUCAUUACACCGUAUAUUUCAAUGCAAGGCCAGAGGGAGGAAACUAAGAAAGAAAAGGAUCAAGAUGAACAGGCAAAACAAUUCAAAAGGAGGGAAGAACAGAAAACCUGGUUUAAAAAGAUAUAGAAUAUGUUACAUUAACUGCAGUUUGUUUAAAAAGGUUCAAUUCCACUUGUCUCUGUCAUCAAGAAGCACAACGCGGUUGAUUUAUUGAAAUACGUCGGGAAAACCAGAAAUUAGGUGAAGUAGGUGAGGGAGGUGUUUGCUGAUGGUUAAUGGACCGGACUUGUUCUCGUCUUCAAAGCGCAAGUGUAGUAUAGAUGAGGGGGAGAUUUAGGAGGCGUUUGGGAGAUUUGUUGUUUUGGAUAGUUGGGAUCUAUUUUACUCUUUAAAUAUGUGUAGUGAGUUCUUGGUAUAUAUAUAUAUGUAGUUAUACCUAUAAAACUUAACUAUUGGGUAACUCUAAAUUAAUGCUAAAGGUUAAUUGUUUUAUUAAUUGUUGCUUCCUGUGGUGGGAGGAGCUACCGCACAUAUAAGCAGGAAUUGAGGGUUCUCCAGGGGAGAAUACGUUUGAGGAUGUUGGUGAGCGGGACACACAGUUUGUUAGCUGCCAGGGGCCCCAAGCUUAAAAGGGCCCGGAGCAGAGUUGAGGUUAUUUUUGAUACCUCUAGUUACCUUUUUCCUAAGUUGUGUUUAUUUGUUUUUCAUUUUUAUUUUGUUGUUUUCUUCGGUUUGGGCCGAGCUGAUCCUCACUGUAAACAAGCUGCACUGAUCCACUGCUUGGGGGGAAAAAGGGAAAUAAAGAAAUUUGGACUAACUGAA